ACGCUGCGGGUGAGUGAGAGUGACGUGUUGUGGCCAUGUUGAGGGGGGAGUGAAGGCUCGCACUACAUAUUUCGCCCUUAUUAUCCACUCCGCGGCCAUUAUCACGUCCCUGGUGUCACACGCGAGGACUCGAGGACAUACCCGCAAUGCUGAACAUGUGGAAGGUGCGGGAGCUGACCGAGAAGGUCACCAACAUGGUCAUGAACUACACAGAGGUGGAGGCCAAGGUCCGGGAAGCCACCAAUGAUGAGGCGUGGGGGCCAACAGGUCCCCAGAUGCAGGAGUUGGCACAGUCCACAUUCUACUAUGAACAGUUUCCUGAGGUCAUGGGCAUGCUGUGGAAGAGGAUGCUGCAGGACAACCGUGCAGCCUGGCGCCGCACCUACAAGUCCCUGCUGCUGCUCAACUACCUGGUCCGCAACGGCUCAGAGAGAGUCGUCACGUCCGCCCGGGAACACAUCUACGAUCUGAGAACCUUAGAGAAUUUCAAAUACAUGGAUGAACAUGGGAAGGAUCAAGGGCUAAAUAUUAGGGUCAAAGCAAAGGACUUGAUUGACUUCAUACAAGACGACAACAGACUACGGGAAGAACGCAAGAAGGCAAAGAAAAACAAAGACAAGUACGUCGGGGUCUCCUCCGAGUCCAUGGGUUUCCGAGGCUCUGGCAACAGUGACUGGGACAACUGGGGGAGCAGCCGAAGAAAAGAGGACUCGGACUUCGGUUCUCGCUUUGAAGACUCCCCAAACAUCAGUGGCGAUGAGGUCGAGGAGCCUGUUGACCCUGCUAACGAGUACCACGACGAAGAGAGAAGUCCCAAGUUCAACCGACCGUCCACCACCCUCACCCUCAGCAGCACCUCCAAAGCCGCCCCGCCACAGAAGAAGUCAUCCAAGCCGUCAAAAAUGGUGGAUCUCGGUGCGGCCGCCACCUUUGGAAUGGACCAUUCUUCCUCGCAGCAGCAGUCCACUGCCUCUGCAACCACUACCACCAACAAUAACAGUAACGUCAACAACAAGAAUAACAACAACAACAGUCUUCUGGAUGACCUGUUUGGGAGUGCCACCAGCAACGGCACGGCCAGCCCGGCCAAGGCUCCCAACCCAAGUGCUGCUGAGGAUGACUUUGAUCCCCGAGCUGGAGAGAUCGGCGCUGAGACCAAGGUUGAAUUUGGUAACUUUGCCGCCGGCUUCGCCAAGGAACAGCCUGAACCCAAGCCGGAGAGUGACUUUGCAGAUUUCUCCUCGUUUCCCCAACAAGAGCCAGCGGUGGCCCCCAGUGGUGGCUCCUCAAAUGCUUCACUGUUGAUGGGAAUGAUGCCAAGCCCUGCUGCCCCCACUAGCUCCACCACUCCUGUUGUUAGUGCACCAGGUGUCCCCGCUAAUAGUAACAUUGACCUCCUACAAGGCUUAUUAGGGCCCAGCCACCCCUCCACCCCAGUCCCUUCAAGCACACCUGUGAUUCCUUCCCCUGGUGCUAGUGCUGACUUUGGGGGAGCCAGCCUGUCAGGACUCACCCUUACACCAACCUGUGCCCCCCUUCAACCCAUGUCCACCAUGCCAACCUCAAGAUCAGAAAGCAAGUUUGAUAUAGAGAGUGAGGACCCUGGAACACUAGAUCAAAAGGAAGAGUUCACCAGACACAAGACAGAAAGGAGUAACACAGAAACUGAAUCAAUCCAGAAGAAACAGAGAAAUAUGACAGACAGUUUAAAAGAUGCGCUCAAAUCCAGCAAAGCCAACAGCUCAGUGAUAGCGUCAGCUCUUGAGACAGUUGCUGGCUGGCUCCCCGGACAGGUAACCCCCCAGCAGUAUGCAGGCACAGACCAGCCUAGUGAAGAUGUAAAGGUAUUUUCAAAGCACUUCUAUGGUUCUGUAUUUACAGGACUGAUGGAGAACUAUUUGGGCAAUGGAGUCUUGAGGAGGUCAGAAAAGCACAAGAAUCUGUAUUAUAAUUUCAUAGAAGCUGGAUAUCUUGAAGAGAAUAUUAGUAUACUAUUAAAAACUCUGCAUGAUGUUGACAAAACCAAAUCAGAAAUUCUAGUGACAUUGCUGGAAAGGAUCAUGAAAUCCAGCACCUGUGUCCAACAGUUUUUACUCAGGCAUUGUUCACAGGCUCGCCACAGUGAAAAAGAUUCCCUAGACUGUGAGGAAACUAUAAGACUCCUGACAUCAUUACCUGAUAGAGUUGCUAACAAACUCCAGCAUAAAACUCCUGAGUCCUUUAGGCCCAUGAUACACUGCAAAGUCAUGGCUUACCACAUCCUGCAAGCUGUGUUCUUCAUAGCUGACGGCCUCAAGCAUGGCGUCUCAGGAAGUGUGGCACCUAUUGGCAGACUACUGGGACAGCUUUGCCUGCUGAGUGACACACAGGCAGUGCUUGAGCCCCUCACUCACUGGCUUAUACUAUGGGGGAAAGAUAAUCCCAUUAUUCCAAGAGUAUCACAAAAGAUCUAUUUUCAUAUUCCAGUGAAGGCAAAAGAAAAGUUCCUGUCAAGCUUGAUGAGGAUAGCUUUGGGCUCUAAGUCUUUGUCUUUGUUCCUAGGCAGCUAUGACUCAACCUGCCCAAACACUAGAUACUACAUUCAGGAGUUUCUUGCGAGAGGCUACUUUCAGAAGAACACUGAAGCACUAAUUGAGUACCUGGCAGCCACACAAAGCAGCCAUGAAGCACUGAGGACUGUUUUCAUGAAACUUCUUGAACUAUGGUGUGAUGAGCACUUAAUCUCUCACUCCUCAUUUGACCACCAUGUCUACAUAAGCCAAGGCCUGGUGAUGUGUCUCAAGCACCUCACACAACAAGACACUGAGAUCUUCAAACACGAGGUUAUUGAGAAACUGUUGCCGGGCAUUGCUUACCAUCUGGAGAGUCCGAGUCAUGACAUGAAGCUGGUUGGAAUGGUCAUGGCAGAAGAAAUAACCAAAGUGGCACACAAAGAUGGACCAGCACUGAGCUUCAAGUACAGAGAUAAUGAUGUCACUCGAGGAUUAAAACAAACCCUUGCCGCUAAGGGGAGCCAAGAGCCAGAGAUGACACAAGCUGAAGAUAAAAACACAACUGGUGGAUAUUCCUGGGAAAGUGAUUUUAUUGCCGAGUUACAAGCUUUAGAUAUGCUGAGGGGAGGAGAAAAGCAAGUCGGGUGUAAGGAACAAGUGCUGACCUCAGUACAAAAAGCAGACAUUCAGGAACAGAGUACAGUGCUGCCUUCACAAGAACCUUCACAUGAGACGUCUCAGGAAGGCAGCAAAGUGGAAGAACUGGACAGUGAUGAUGAUGAGUUUGAACCUUAUGACAUGUCUGCAGACACUCCAGAGGUCAAGGUGCGGGAGCCGUCCUACCCGCAGGAGGUGCUGGAGUACCUGGCCGAGGGGGAGGUGGAGAAGGUGACAGCAGCCUUGAGGGUCGCCGAGAAAAUUGUACGUCGGGAGCUGAAACUGAUGAAUCCAGAAUUGGCAGAAGAAAUGACCAAGGUUGUUCUGCACUUAGAGGAUAAAUACAGCACUGAGGGAUUUGAUGAGAAUCGCUUGAACACCCUCUCUGCCUUGGUGGUGGCACAUCCCAGCCAGUGUGCCUUGUACCUGGGCUGUGAGUUUUAUGAGCGUAACUACAACUUACGGCAGAGACUGGACAUUAUCCACACCCUAGGUCGAGCAGCCAUUGAGUUGUCAGGAGGAGAGGCCACAGCCAGGCUCUCUUUGCCAUCCCCAACAUCAAAAGGAAAGAGUAAAAACAAACCUCCCAUAAGAAAUGAAAUGAAGAAUCUAGCCGGCUGCUUUUUCUUCCCCUUGAUAAGUGGUCUUAGGAACCCUCAGCCGUACCUGGACCUCCUGGGUGCUGACCGCUUUGUGCUGUGUGAGCUCCUGAGGACCCUCGGCCUUAUCAUUAACGUCACCGGGCAGUGCGAGGCAUCCCUGAAGAUGAUUGGCUGCUUGUUGGAGGUCACGUGGUCCUUGCGUUCACAUAAGGACACAGAGAUCCGCACUGCUUGCCUGGAAGCUCUAAACUCUGGACUGGAAUCCAUUUCAGACUCUGUGCUGCUGUCUCUAGUGUGUGAAGAGAUGGCUGACCUCCGGGAGUGGCUGGCACUGUCCAUACAGGAAGACAAAAACAGAAAGUGCCAACUCCUUGCCGUGAAGUUAGCCAUCAGACUAGACAAGUGCUUUGCCCAGCAGAUAAAGUUUCCUCAAGAGUAGAUACAUUCUUUGAUUUCCCUGUUAGCAAUGGGAUGGAAUUAAUUUUUAAACACUCAUAAUUAUCCUACUCAUCAGGAUGUGAGAAGCCAGCUGCUGUAGAGUAUUUGUUGUUUCUGUAAUAUAAGAAAAUUGUCUGACUUUAUUUUGGCUCAUAAAAGCCUUCCCAGAGACACAAAAUUCCCAACAUUGAACAAUUAAAAGCUAAUGACUAUCCAUGUUUUAUACUGAUGUUAUUUAAGAAGCACUUUGUUCAGUAAGGAUGAAAAUGUAUGUAUCGUUUCCCUAUGGCGAUAGAGAUGCCUUUCGCUUUGUGUUUUGAAGUGUGAUUCUGUGCAGUCGGAUGUCCCCAGAAGUGUAUGUAAACCUUAUAAACUAUAUUCUUAAGUUCAUGAAGGGAAGGGAAUGUAAUUAAUUGUACUCCUAGCCAUCAUUUGUGUCAGGAUCUUUUAAUCAUUCACUUACAAUGACGAGCACUGAACUUUGAGGUAGAGAGCAGAAGACCUCCAGGAAGGCCAAGGAAGACAUGGAGAAAGGUGGUGGAGGAAGAUAUGAGGAGGCUAAACAUCACGGAAGAAAUGGCUAUGGACCGGCAACAGUGGAGGAGGCUCAUAUCCCGUCCAACCCCACCAUAGGGAAUAAAUGGACGUUAAACGAUGAUGAUGAUGAUGAUGAUUACAAUGACUGUGGAUCCAAACCUGGAGGCAGAAGCUGAGCAGAACAGUCAGGAAGGUGUGACUUAUAGCAGCUAGUAAUGUACUGUUGGUUGUCUUGUGGUGCCAUCAUGCUCUGAGAAGUGGGUGGACAUGAUAUUGUUGUAAUUUUUUGUAUUUUUUUCAUUUUUUUCUUUUUUAUGUGUACACCUAUAGUGCCGGUAGGCUUUUCUUGAGGGGCCUAGAUGGUAGUUGGCCCCAGCCCGUCAUGGCGCAGGCAAGUGUUUAUAGUGGCGCCAUCUUCUCUUUGUGCUACAUAUUUCCUUUACCUUUCUGUACCUGAUAGGAUUAAUAAGAAAACAUGUACUUAUGAGUGAGGGCAUGUUCCUCUGUCAUGCUGUCCUGUGAAGUAUAAUAUUAAAGAGUAAAGAGCAUA